GUUAAAAUUGUUCGUGGAGAUAUAUUUACCAUAACCAUAUUUCUUUUCCGAUAUGUCAAGUAAAAUAUCCAAAGACACAUUGAACGAAGCAAUUGUUGCAUUGUUGGCUAAAUCACAAGAGAAAAAAAGAAACUUUGUUGAAACUGUUGAAUUACAAAUAGCUUUAAAAAAUUAUGAUCCUCAAAAGGAUAAAAGAUUUUCAGGAACUAUAAAAGUAAAAUAUUCUCCAAGACCAAAAUUUUCAAUUUGUGUGUUGGGUGAUCAACAACAUUGUGACGAGGCUAAGGCUAAUGGAAUACCAUUUAUGGAUGCUGAAGCAUUAAAAAAGUUGAAUAAAAACAAAAAAUUGGUAAAACAAUUAGCCAAAAAAUAUGAUGCCUUUUUAGCUUCUGAUUCUUUGAUCAAGCAGAUUCCAAGAAUUCUUGGACCUGGGUUAAAUAAAGCUGGUAAAUUUCCUACAGUUUUAACCCAUGGAGAAUCCAUGGUUGCAAAAUCUGAAGAAGUUAAAUCAACCAUCAAAUUUCAAAUGAAAAAAGUUUUAUGUUUAGCUCUUGCAAUAGGAAAUAUUAACAUGCCUCAAGAAGAACUAGCUUCAAACAUUAACCUUGCUAUAAAUUUUUUAAUUUCACUUUUAAAAAAGGGCUGGCAAAAUAUUAGAGCAUUAUAUAUCAAAAGUACAAUGGGUCCAGCUCAACGUUUAUAUUAAUUUUUAUUUAAUAUCUUAAAUAAUUGAAUAAAAUAUUUAUAAUUUUUAUCUAUUAAAAUAUAUCCAAUUUAUCCAAAUAACUUAUUUUGAUGCUAUUAAAUCAUAAAUUUAAACAAAGGAUGUUUUGGAAUAAAUUAAAAGUAUUUGG